AUGGACGUUGAUAUAAAGCAAGGGCGUCUCAGGCCAGUCCGCAGAAAUGGAUUGAUUAAUGGAGUCAACGCUUACCAAUCACUAAGUUGGAUAUACACUCUAUAUGAUAUAAUUGUGGCAUACUUUUUUGCCUUUUAUUUUGAAGAAACUGGAAUGAAGGUAUUGAUGUUUUCAUUCAGGAACUCCAAUUAAUACUUCUCACAGCAGUAGUUACUUGCAUUAUUUAUUCUUGUCUCAGAGCCACAUUAAUAGAUCCUAUUGACUCUGUAGUCAAGGAGGAACAACUAUCAAAACUACAAGGGUAUUAUUAAAUAUUGCUAUUCUAAGAAAAGAAUUUAAGACUGGCAUUAAAUCAUAUUGUUUGGUAUGCUCAGCACAUGUUCAAGAGAAAACUAAACACUGUUGGAGUUGUAAUAAGUAUUUAAUAGUAGUAAUUAGAUGUGUAUCAACAUUUGAUCAUCAUUGUAUUUGGUUGAAUAAUUGUAUUGGAGACAAGAAUUAUUCCUACUUCUUUGUCUUAGUAUUGUCAUUAGUUGCACUCAAGAUAUUUAGAAUUGGUUAAGAUGUAAAAUUGCUUGUUCUGCAUACUGAUUUCGAGAUUUUAGUGUAUAUUUGUAUAGCAGUAGACCCUCCGGUAUUUAUUGUGUUGGCAUAUUUAUUAUCUAUGCACUUAUACUUCAAGUAAUCAAAUAUCAUUAAAACUAGAUGGAAUAAUAUAUCUACCUAUGAAUAUAUCAAAGCCAAAAAAGAAUCUAAGGAUAAGAUGAUCAAAACACAGAAUGUACAAAAUAAAUAGAUACAAAAUGAGAGCGGCACAGGUUAUGGAUAAUUGUUAUCAACAUCAAAGCGUUUCGAUUUAAAAUCACAAUUAUCCUUAAAGACUGGAGAUACAAAGAAAUCCAAUCCUAACUAUUUCUCUAAUAAAUAAGAAGAUGAUAAGAAAAACAACUAAUAGACCUAGCAAUAAUUUACAUAAAUUCCUAGUUUAUUUACCUCUAAACCUACUACUCCUGGAAAUGAUUAAGAUAAAAAACAAUAGAUUCAGUCAUUGUCAAAACCAAAAGAUUUGGAUGACUUGAAAGACAAAUAGAUAUAUAAUCAAGUGAUAGUAGAAGAUUCAGAACCUUAGUUAAAUGAAAGUUCUGAUGAUGAUGAUAAUAUUAAUAAUGAAAAUCAGAAUCACUGUCCUCAAAAUAGUCACUUAUUAGAAUUGCCUAAUAAUGUUGAAUAAAUAGUUGCCAAAGAAGAUUAAAUAAAUGAAAAGGAUAUGGUGAUUAAAUAGGAGAUGGAAAUUGAACCAGAUAAAGAAUCUGAAAAUUAAGAUAAAAUAUCGGAUAAAUAAUCUCUACAUGCAUAGGAACCACCUCUACCUUCAAAAUGUCAUACAUUUUAGUUAGGAUUAUAAGGAGAUUCAAACAUUGUGACAUCGCCCAAAAAUCAAAAUUUAUAAUGUACUCAAUGA